AUGCGGCCAGAGACAGUUAUUCCGACUGAGUUGUGCUCACCAUAUCCUUUUUUCUAUGACGCGAAAGUAGUCAGUGGAUUCGGUAGAGGCUCCUCUGAACUCGGCAUACCAACGGCAAAUAUACCUGUCGGCAAAUUAGACACACUCGAAGCUGGUAUCUACUUCGGCUGGUGCAAACUUGCCCGAAAUGAACGCUUGGAAUAUGAUGUUGCCGAAUCAAACGGAAAAAGCAUAUCUUUUAACAAUGGCCUGAGACUCAAAGGGAAAGACCUUGAAGUGCUACCUAUGGUCAUGUCCAUAGGAUGGAAUCCAUUUUACGAAAAUAAGAAAAAAGCAGCAGAGGUGCAUAUUCUUCACAAAUUCGAUGACAAUUUUUACGGGGCUUCGAUAAAAUUAGUCAUUUUGGGAUACAUACGCCCGGAGCUAAACUACACAACGAAAGAGGCUUUAAUUGAGGAUAUACAUAAAGAUACAGAUAUAGCAAGAACGGCUUUAGAAAUCUCUCCCUACGAUUCAUUCCGCAUCAUAUUGACUGACGAGAGUCUAUGCACAUCGACUGAGUCGUCAUGGAAAUGA